AUGGAGGGGAGAGGUCCCACGGAAUGUGGGAAGGGUUUCAGCUACAGGUCCAGGCUGACCUGGCACCAGAUGAUCCACACUGGGGAGAAGCCCUAUAGGUGUCGGAAAUGUGGGAAGGGAUUCAGAGACAGCAACGAGCUGCUCCGGCACCAGGUGAUCCACACAGGGGAACGGCCCUACACCUGCUUGGAAUGUGGGAAGAGCUUCGGGUGGAUGUCCUACCUGAGAAGCCAUCAGUGCAUCCAGACCAGGGAGAGACCCUACAUAUGUCCUGAGUGUGGGAAGAGGUUUCAGACCAGCUCCACUCUCCUCAGACAUGAGAGGAUUCACACAGAGGAAAGGCCCUUCUGCUGGCCUGACUGCAGGAAGGGCUUCAACCUCAACUCCACCCUCAGUGUCCACCAGUGCAUCCACACUGGGGACAGGCCCUACGAGUGUCCUGAGUGUGGGAACAGCUUUGUGCUCUGCUCCAGCUCCAUCCCCCAUGGCAGGAUCGGUAUUGGAUGA